AUGCUCAGGCUGGUCGGCCGCCCGGCAGAUCCGAGAGCAGCGGCUGCUCGGCUCCUGCGCUGCUUCGGGCGGGAUCCGGGAGCCCUGCCCCGGCUCCACGCACGCGCCUCCCUCCAGGCGGCUCCGGCUCUCCGGUGCUCACUGGCUGCAGAGGAGCAGCCCCAGCCCGGCUCCAGCUGCGCGUGCGAGGACCGCCGUCCCCAUCCCCCGCUUCUCCGAGGCUGCGCACCUGCACCUGGCGGCCCGCGACACCCGCCCCUGGAGGAGGCAGGUGCCAAUGCGACUUGUGGAGACUGCCCUAAAAAGCUGAAAGAAAAAGAAAAAGAUGGAUCAUGUCUUGAACAAAUGAGUCCAGGAUACCACUUUAGUUCUUUAGAGAAUGCGUUUCAGUCCCCAAGUGCUGAGCAGGACACCACCACCCUGCCACCCUUCUGUAACAUGAAAGAAAAAACACAGCAGCUAAUGGGCACACAGGAACUCUCAGAUCCCAAGAUGCUGCAAGGAAGUCAGCAGAAAUAUGACCAGCUUUUCUGGGGUCUCCCUUCUCUGCAUAGUGAAUCCUUGGUAGCUGCUGCCUGGAUCUCGCACAGAGCUUCUCUUCUACUGUCUCCAUUCCUGAUGUUCAAUGGAAUCUCAAAUGUUCACCCGGUUCCAAGGCAAGAUAAAAUGGUUCCUCUGCUGUCCCAGGCCCAUGCCCUGUCCUAUGUGGAGUCCCACUCUUCAUCCUUAACCCUGUCCCUACCCCAAAUCCAGUGUCUACCUCUCAAUCAGGUCCAGGCUCAUCUUCAGUCCUCCUCCCCAGCAACACCAUCCUCUUCUUUACCCCACAUUAGGGACUGUGAAACAUCAUUCUUUCAGUCCCAGAAUAAGCCAAAGUCUUUCAUCUUCACUGAAAAUCCAUCUUCACAAAAUCCCUCCUUGAUGAAACAACAAGAAAGUGAGUCAGUUUUCCCCUCAAUGGUCAAAAGACCUCAAGUCUAUAAUGCCUUUACUCCCAACCCUUCCCAAGAGCAGGUGGUGUCAUCUAUCCUUCCUGACAAUCUCCCACUCAGCCCUGAGCUCCAAGAGAAACUGGAGAAACACCUUCAAACAUGGCCCAUUCAACAUCAUUGGGACCUACCCCACAAGAUCCAAGAACCCCUGGAAUGUAAGCAACUUCAGGAGGAAUUAACAAGGAUAUGUAAGGCCCACAACAAACCUGGCCCCUCACAAUCUACUGUGUAUACCAACGAAUGUAGGAAGGAUGCCCAAAAAGUGAAGUUCCAACUAGGGAAGGACUCAGACAAGAAUUUAGGACAGAUUCUAGGAUUAGCCAGGGGGUUGGAAAGAUCCCCAGUGAAGGCUCAGGGAACAACCACAGGUGAACUAGAAAGAAACCUGGCCAAGGACCUGAAGAGUAACUCAAGAAAUGGCUCCUUGAGAAACAUAGAUGGGAAUGAAGAAAACAUCCUGGAAGCCCAUUUGGACACAAAGUCAGGACAGAUUAACCAAGGUCUUCCCCCCUCGAGUCUGCGUCACUCAUGUCUUCUAUUUAAUGACUUUUCCAUGUCUGACACCAACAAGGAAAACAGACAUUUAGCAUCCUCAAAGAGCUCUGAAAACUCUGUGAGCACCUCCCAGAAUCUUGGCUUUCUCAAUCCAUACAUUCAGCAGGCCCUGGAAGCACACAUUGUAAAGUUUUGGGUGAGGCACUGGUGGUGCCUACCCCUCAAGGUUCUUAAACCCAUUAAUGUCCUUAAGUUAAAGAACACAAUAAUGGAUGAGUCUUCUUCCUCAUCAGGGAGUCUUACUGUCUUUUCUCCUUCAUGUCAGGACAUUGAGAGGCCCCUGAUGUGGAACCCAUCUGUUGAUGGCUACAGCCCUUCAAAGGCCCCUCCAACCAGAGAAGAAAACAGGCACCCUUCUGCAACUCUCACAUAUAACCUCAUGGGCAGAAUCUGCCAGAGCAGGCCUGUCCUAGAGACUGAGAGAGAGAAACAAGCAGCUUCUUUACUACCUAGAAGGUCUGGUGCCCAAUGUCCAAGGGCACCCUGCCUUAAAGCAGAAGUUGAUAGUCAAUUUGAAUCCCUAAUGGAGAUGAAGUUGGCAGACCAGUCUCAACUCUAUGCCAUGGAUGUGCUCUUUCCACACUGUUCCAUAGGCCUGCUCCAUGCUGCCAAUCAUUUGGCUUCACGGGGAUUAGGUCAGUUAGCUGGAGAGGACAGGAGAAACAGCCUAAGACAGCCAGAAUCCAGUGUCCCAAAGCAGCAGGACUCAGGAACUAUCCAAGACAAAGCACUUGCCCCUCUGCAUGAAGGUGACGACAGUAAGAGACAGAAGGUAGGAAAUCAGGAAGAAAGGGCUAAACAAUUGAAGAACUCCAAGUUCACCCAGGUCAAGGGACCAGAAAGUACCUUUGACAAUAAAUACCAUAAGCUCCCUCCAAAACACAAGCAGCGUCCUCUGGUAAACCCUUUCCAAAAUAUCAUGAGGUGCUUUCUUUGCUGGGUCUUACCCACAAAUGCAAUCAAAGUGCAGGGAGAGCCCCCUACAAAAAGUAAACCUCCAUCUGCCACUACCCAGAGCCAGAGAGGAGUGAGGAAGAAGCCACAUGUAGACAGCAGCGUGACAGAAGCUCAAAAGCUCAUGGCGACUGUUGGGGAGAUGCUAGAAAAGAAAAUGAUGCUUCACCAUAAACUUUUGGCCUCAAAGGCCAGUCAGCACAAAGAGGAUCCUCAAGCCCCAGUCUCUCAACCCCGUGACCACAGGCCUCCCUCCUACUUAGAGCAAAGGAGAAUACCCAGUCACGGAGCCACACCCUCACUCACAGGUAUUCCACCCCGGAAAGUCACUUUGGAGGCAAACAGUCCUUGA